AUGCCUCCACCGAUAGAGGCCCCGAGCUCGAAGAAGCGCAAGAGCACCAAGAAUUCAGGUGCUCCCUCGUCCAAGCGCCGCGCCGUGGCCGAGGAGGACGGCUUUGCCGAGACCUUGUCAAAUGUUCAAGAGCUGGAGAACCAGAUUGCAGAGUCGCGCAAAUACUACAACAACAUUGCCACUCUAAUUUCGAUGCUGAAUGUGGAGAAGUCCGCCAAAAAUCCCGAGCUUGCAGUGGCUGUCUCGCUAUGCCGAGUAUUCAGUCGAUUGAUGGCUGCGGGCAACCUGUCUGAGAGCAGUCGCGACGCCGAGAAUGAGAAGAUUGUAGUGGCAUGGCUGAAGGAGCGGUGCGCGGAAUAUCAGCGUGCACUGUUGUUGAUCAUCCGCGAGGCCGACACAACUUCCCAGGUUACGGCCCUUACUCUGAGCAUGCGCCUCGUGAAAGAAUACAUUACACACAUUCCCGGAGCAGACAGCGCUAUCUGGUCUGGUCUGUUUAAGGACAUCUUUGAGGCCCUUAUUGAGGCCCGGGAUGGCCAGGAUGUGCGGUCCGAAUUUGUGGCCAAGUUUAUGAAAGAAUAUGAGGAUAUUCGAUACCAAACAUUUGGACAAAUAGCUGAGUAUGCAGCUGUUCGGCGAAAGCCCGACACCAUCGAAACCCUCAUUUCCCUACUCUCGGCAUGCGACGACGUACCGCCGGCCGAGUACGAGUUUGACUUCGAUGACUUUUUCGCGAAACCCGACCCGACCAACAAGCGCCUUCGCACUGUUCAUGGACACAAAAGGCGAGCGCAAGAAGCAUGGCUGGCCAUUCUUCGGAAUAACCUCUCCCAAGCGCAGCGGAAAGCCCUUCUUCGCAUUAUGGUGCAUAACAUCGAGCCCUGGUUCACCAGACCUGAACUUUUGAUGGACUUCCUCACGGAUUCGUACAACGAGGGCGGUGCCAUGUCUCUCCUUGCUCUGUCCGGUCUCUUCUACCUUAUCCAAGAGAAGAACCUGGACUACCCGCAAUUCUACGCCAAAUUAUACUCGCUCCUUGACGCAGACCUUCUGCACUCCAAGCACCGAUCACGAUUCUUCCGCCUGCUAAACACUUUCCUCGCCUCGACCCAUCUUCCGGCUACCCUCGUGGCAAGCUUCAUUAAGCGUCUCUCCCGUCUCGCGCUCAAUGCGCCACCCUCGGCUAUCGUAGUCAUCGUCCCCUUCAUGUACAACCUCUUCAAGAGCCACCCCACCUGCACGUUCAUGAUGCACCGUGAGGUCCGUGACAAGAAGCUGGCAGCAGAGCUUGAGGCCGAGGGCAUGGACGACCCAUUCGAUCCGAACGAGACGGACCCUAUCCGCACCAAUGCCAUCGAAAGCAGUCUCUGGGAAAUUGAGACUCUCCAGUCUCAUUACCACCCCAACGUCGCUGCCAUUGCCCGUAUUAUCUCCGAGCAGUUCACAAAGCAGGCCUAUAACCUGGAAGACUUCCUCGAUCAUACCUAUCAGGGUAUGGUGCAGGGCGAGCUCGGCACGGGGGAGAAGCCGCUGAGGAAGACCCCCGUGGUCGAAUACCAAAUCCCCAAGCGUAUCUUUACGGAUCGGUUGCUGCAGGAAGAUGGCGAUUUGGACUCUGGGCCCGGCUCCUUCAUGCGUGGACUAUGGGAUUUUUCGUCUUGA